UAUGGGGCGAGGCCUUUGACAUUCUUCGGGCAAUGGGGUUAAGCAACGAUGAGGUGGCUGCUGUAUUUGAGGACUGGAAAGCUAAGGGGUUUUUGACUUCAUAUAUGCUCGAUAUUUCCAUCGUCGCCGCGCGUGCCAAGGUUGCGGAUGGCAGCCAUCUUUCUGAACACGUCAAGGACUGUAUUGGUUCUAAAGGCACGGGUCUAUGGUCUGCGCAGGAAGCGCUAGAGGUUGGUGUACCCGCACCAAGUCUAAACAUGGCUGUGUUGUCACGGCAGAUGACAAUGUACAAGUCGGAACGUGAGCUAAAUGCAAAGACACUUCCUUUUGUUCUAAAAGUCCCUGGAUACGCAAUAAAGGACAAGAGUCCCAACGCACCAGAGAUUCGACAACUCUACCAUGCUGUUUCCAUCGCGAUUAUAGCGUGCUAUGCGCAAAUGUUUCAAUGCCUCCGAGCUCUGGAUAAAGUGUAUGAUUUUGGUUUGGAUCUUCCAGCCACCAUUGCCACUUUCCGCGCCGGUUGCAUUUUGAAGGGUUAUCUCCUUCAGCCUAUGACGGAGGCCUUCGCAAAGAAUGUAAAUCUAAGUAACCUGAUGUGUGCCUUUGAAAAGGAAAUAACAGAAGGACUGCAGAGCUACCGCGAUAUCUUGGGUUUUAUCACUUCCAAGACAGCCUUGACGCUCCCUGUGCUCUCAGCCUCUCUGGUGUACGUUAAUGGGAUGUUUACCCCGACGCUAAGGUACGGUCAACUUGUUUCUUUGCAAAGGGAUGUAUUUGGCCGCCACGGAUACGAGCGGCUAGACAAGGAGGGCCGUGAAUCCCACCAAUGGCCGGAGCUACAGUGA